UCUCUCGGUCGCGUCCCAUCUCUUGCGAACUCAUCAUCUCUGCACAACGACAACGACGACCACCAUGACUGACCUCGCCAAAAAUUCCACCGUGCCGCUAUUCGAGGAUACCACCGCGCCCGCCGCCGAGACGUCGACCGCGGUCACGACAACCAACAGCGAUGGCACUGUCACGCAGAAAGUGAAGAGGACCAAGAUCAUCAAGCGCAAGAGGCGGCCAGCACGACCUCAGCAAGAUCCCUCGACUUUCAAAACCGAGCCUCCCCCUCAGACUGGCACGAUAUUCAACAUCUGGUACAAUAAAUGGUCAGGCGGCGAUCGUGAGGAUGCGCUCUCCUCAAAGCAACAGGCAAAGGGACGAUGCAAUGUCGCGCUGGAUUCUGGAUACACACGAGCGGACAAAGUGCCGGGCUCCUACUUUUGCCUCUUCUUCGCGCGCGGACUAUGCCCCAAGGGUCAGGAUUGCGAAUACCUGCACAGGCUGCCCAACAGCAGAGUAGGCAAGGAUGGUCCAGGUGGAGGGCUAGGCGACAUCUUUCCCAGCAACGUGGACUGCUUCGGACGAGACAAAUUCAGCGAUUACAGAGAUGACAUGGGUGGCGUGGGCUCUUUCAUGCGAAUCAACAGGACGCUGUACGUGGGGCGGAUACAUGUCUCUGAUGAUAUUGAGGAGAUCGUGGCGCGGCAUUUCCAAGAGUGGGGACAGGUCGAGAGGAUAAGAGUGCUGCCUUCACGAGGUGUCGCCUUUGUGACAUAUGUGCAUCUUGCAAAUUCGGAAUUCGCGAAAGAGGCCAUGGCGCACCAAAGUCUGGAUCAUAACGAGACCCUGAAUGUGAGGUGGGCGACGGUGGAUCCGAACCCUGUGGCACAGAAGAGAGAGGCGGCGAGGAUUGAGGAACAAGCUGCUGAGGCAAUUCGACGAGCGCUGCCUGCCAGCUACGUUGCAGAACUUGAGGGACGUAAAUAUGAAGGUGCAGAUGGAGAAGAGGAGAGGAAGAGGAGAAAAAUUGAAGGUACAUUCGGAUUGCAAGGCUACGAUGCUCCCGAUCACGUCUGGUAUGCGAGUGAAAAGGCGCGCAUCGAAUCUGGAGAAGAGCGAAAGCAGAUUGAGGCAGCUCCUGCAGAAGAUGAUGACGAGGACGAUGCACCAUUACAGAUCACUGGUGGUAACGCGCAGCAAGUCUCGAGCGGUGGUCUACUCGGAGGAAGCACACUUGCAGCGCUGCAAGGGCUCAGAGCAGGUGGCGACGGCGCAAGCAAAGCGCCGGACAAGCCUGCCGGGCCUCUGGUGGGCUAUGGAAGCGACAGCGACGACGACUAAGCAAGCUUGCAAAUAUAGGCUACCAGAGAGACAAUCAUUAUGAGACCACUCACCCAGUAGCAUUGAGUUAGAGGAGCUCACAGAAUAGCAGUCGGCUGUGCUCCGAACCUCGGACCAAGCAUCCCCAC